ACUGAUGACGUGUGAACUGUAACCACAUGUUGGUAUACAAAUUACCAGUUUGUCAUCGAGCACAGGCAGGUGUGUUCUACAAAGCUACUGCAUCACAAAUAGGAAAACAAGUUACUUUGGAAUCACGUGAUCAGCCAACUUUUAUCAAGUCAAUUCGAGUUUGACAGCCCUAUUAUAAUGUUGCUGCGACAGAUUCUCAUUAUCGUCUUUUGUUUAAUGUUUGAUAACAGUGUUACAGCUACUGAAGCAUCUGCAUUAAAUACUGGUGAAGGUGAUUUUCGUUCGGAUAGUACAGCACCACCAAACAAUGCUCAGAAUGAUAACAGUGUUACAGCUACUGAAGCAUCUGCAUUAAAUACUGGUGAAGGUGAUUUUCGUUCGGAUAGUACAGCACCACCAAACAAUGCUCAGAAUGAUAACAGUGUUACAGCUACUGAAGCAUCUGCAUUAAAUACUGGUGAAGGUGAUUUUCGUUCGGAUAGUACAGCACCACCAAACAAUGCUCAGAAUGAUAACAGUGUUACAGCUACUGAAGCAUCUGCAUUAAAUACUGGUGAAGGUGAUUUUCGUUCGGAUAGUACAGCACCACCAAACAAUGCUCAGAAUGAUAACAGUGUUACAGCUACUGAAGCAUCUGCAUUAAAUACUGGUGAAGGUGAUUUUCGUUCGGAUAGUACAGCACCACCAAACAAUGCUCAGAAUGAUAACAGUGUUACAGCUACUGAAGCAUCUGCAUUAAAUACUGGUGAAGGUGAUUUUCGUUCGGAUAGUACAGCACCACCAAACAAUGCUCAGAAUGGUGAUUUUGGUUCGGCUAGUAAAGCACAAGAAAAAAAUGCUCAGAAUGAUAACAGUGUUACAGCUACUGAAGCAUCUGCAAUAAAUACUGGCGAAGCCACUCGUAUAUCAACAGAAGAAGACAGAAACUCCUCUACCGACGUCAAGAUGAACAUAUUUUUCACUUUUGUGUUGCUUGCAGUUGUAUGUUGGUUAUAAAAUUAUUUAACACGUUGUGCGAUAUCUGACAACACAUUAUUUUAUGUGUUACGUUAUUUCGCGUGAUAGUGUACUGAGAUAUACAUAUACCAUACACACAUUUACGUUAAAUUCUUCAUUUGUUUAAAAUCUGCAGGAAUUAUUUUACAUUGACUAGGUGUAGUUAAAAAAAAAUCAUAUUAAUUUAUUUGAACUGCAUAAAAUGAAAUUUUAAGUUAAUGAAUUCUUAUUGUAACAUACAAAACAAAAAGAUGAAAGCAGUUUACUGGAACCUUUUAAAGCAUUUUCGGAUCUUUUGCUAUUAAUAUUUUUUUUCCAGAGUUUCACCAAAAUAAAAUAAAAAUAUAAUAAAUCUUUUGAUUGCUC